AUCCUCCUCAUCUGGUCUAAUUCAAUCAACCGACGACACAGAUAGAAUUUCCUUUCCGCCAAUAAUGGAUCAAUGUUUAGGUAGCAGCCAUAUGGACGGGGAUCAGCAGACACCACCCCGGUUACCAUUGUUGACUGCUCUUUUUGAUCAGCACAGGCAGCAAGUAGACCGGACUCUUCAAGAACAUAACGAGCAGGUACGGCUACAGCUACAGCAACAGAUAUCUGCACAAAACGAGACUCUACUAAACCUGGCCGAGUCGAUGGCGAGAGAUGCGCUGGCGGAAAAGAACGGAGAAGUGUCGCGCCUACGCAUGGAGCUGAAGAGCACGCAAGAGCUUCUGCGAACCGCGUUGCAGGAAAGGGAUGAGGUGCAGUACCUCGCCAAAGGGUUCUACGAAAUGAACCGGUGGCUCAUCAUGUCCCGGCUGCCUCCUGUGUUGCAGGCAACAACAAGUGUCGUCCACGCACUUGAUGAUGGCUCAUCCUCCACUGGCUCCUGUAGCCAGGCACCGAACGUGGAGGGAGCUUCUGUAGGGAGGAGCACCACACGUGUUGUUGUUACCAGGCUUCUCUGUAAGGUCUGUUGUGCCCGUGAUGCUUGUAUGCUAAUCCUGCCGUGCCAACACCUCUGCGCAUGCGAGUCGUGCGGAAUCAGUCUUACAGUAUGCCCUCUCUGCUACCUUGCAAAGGACAAUGUGAUGGAGGUGGAGGCUCGGUUUGGCUGAUAAGGAAAGAGGCAGGCAGGGGGGGAAGAAGUCGUCAUGCAUGUUUUGUUCUUCAUAAGGUGUUAGUUGUAACCUUGUAUGAGUUCUUGUUGUUUUUGUUUACCUUACUCUCUCUUCGAAGAUAAUAGUAUAAAACAUCACUCCAACCUACACAGAACUAUUGUUGUUCCCGUACGUAGCUGUACAUCGCCUGUUAAGGUGUCUCAUGAAGAUACUAGCGCUACUCAGCCAAUUGGUGAACAGCUGGUACUCAGUUAAGACCAUGGGAAC